AUGGAUGGAUGGAUGGAUGGAUGGAUGGAUGGCGAGGUCGUGCCCGAGGAGCAGCACAUCCAUCUGUCAGAUCAAUCCGGUGCCAAGAGCCUUCCGCCAGCCGGCUGCUUCUGCAAACCCGCCGCUGCUCCCCCGGCACCGAGCUUCUGGCUCCGGAGCCCCCUCCUGACCCCGGGGCUGAGCGUGGCACAGCCGCUUCCUGACCCACCCUGGAGUCUGCUGCUCUUUGCCAUCGAGGGCAUUUUUUUUGAAGCCUGGGGUCACUCCUCGCCUCGGAAGCGCUUUUCUCCGCAGACGAUGCCCUGUCGACCUCCGUCUUUCCAAACCAACCCCCUGAAACAGCUGAGUCAGCAGCAAGGGCUGUGCCGGGGGCACGGCCAGACCCCCAGCCCCGCUCACGCGGCGCAGAGCCUGCCUCCGGACGUGGGUGGCCCGGCCGAUCCCAUCGCACCCACCAUCAUUGUCCCACCCAGGAACACCAGCGUGGUGGCCGGGACCUCGGAGGUGACCAUGGAGUGUGUGGCCAACGCCAGGCCGCUGAUCAAGCUGCACAUCAUCUGGAAGAAGGACGGGGUGCCCCUCUCCAGCGGCAUCAGCGACUACAGCCGCCGCCUCACCAUCCUCAACCCCGCGCUGAGCGACAGCGGCUACUACGAGUGCGAGGCCGUGCUCCGCAGCAGCAGCGUGCCCGCCGUGGCCGAGGGCGCCUACCUCUCCGUCCUGGAGCCGCCGCAGUUCGUCAAGGAGCCGGAGAGGCACAUCACGGCCGAGAUGGAGAAGGUGGUGGCCAUCCCCUGCCAAGCCAAAGGUGUGCCCCCCCCGGAGAUGGCCUGGUACAAGGACGCUGCCCUCAUCCGCCUGGAGAAGUUGUCCCGCUUCCAGCUCCUGGCAGACGGCAGCCUGCAGAUCAGCGGGCUGGACCCCGACGACACCGGCAUGUUCCAGUGCUUCGCCCGCAACGCGGCCGGCGAGGUGCAGACCACCACGUACUUGGCUGUGACCAGCAUCGCCCCCAACAUCACCAGGGGCCCCCAGGACAGCACGGUGAUCGACGGCAUGUCCGUGAUCCUCAACUGCGAGACCUCGGGGGCUCCGCGCCCGGCCAUCACGUGGCAGAAAGGGGAGCGGAUCCUGGCCAGCGGCUCCGUGCAGCUCCCGCGCUUCACCCUGCUGGAGUCGGGCAGCCUGCUCGUCAGCCCCGCGCACCUCGCCGACGCCGGCACCUACGCCUGCCUGGCCACCAACUCCCGCGGCGUGGACGAGGCAUCUGCCGACCUGGUCGUCUGGGCAAGGACACGCAUCACCGACCCCCCCCAGGACCAGAGUGUCAUCAAGGGGACCAAAGCCAUCAUGAGCUGCGGGGUCACUCACGACCCCAGCGUGGACGUCAGGUACGUCUGGGAGAAGGACGGGGCACCGCUGAGCCCGGAGAGCGGCCCACGGCUGCGCCUGGACGAGACGGGCACCCUCCACAUCUCCCAGACCUGGUCGGGUGACAUCGGCACCUACACCUGCAAGGUGCUCUCGGCCGGGGGCAACGACUCGCGCAGCGCCCGGCAGCUCCCCCACGCCCCUGAGAGCCCCGUGGCCGCCCUCAGCCCCCUGGAGAAACGGGCCAUCAACCUCACCUGGGCCAAGCCCUUCGAUGGCAACAGCCCCCUGCUCCGCUACGUCGUGGAGGUCUCCGAAAACAACGCGCCCUGGACCGUGCUGCUGGCCAGCGUGGACCCCGAGUCGACGUCGGUGGCAGUGAGGGGCUUGGUCCCCGCUCGCUCCUACCAGUUCCGCCUCUGCGCCGUGAACGACGUGGGCAGGGGACAGUUCAGCAAGGACACGGAGAGGGUGUCCCUGCCCGAGGAGCCCCCCUCCGCGCCCCCCCAGAACGUCAUCGCCAGCGGCCGCACCAACCAGUCCAUCAUGAUCCAGUGGCAGCCACCCCCCGAGAGCCACCAGAACGGGGUCCUCAAGGGCUACAUCAUCCGGUACUGCCUGGCUGGGUUGCCCGUGGGCUACCAGUUCAAGAACAUCACCAACGCUGACGUCAACAACCUGCUCCUGGAGGAUCUCAUCAUCUGGACCAACUACGAGAUCGAGGUGGCGGCGUACAACAGCGCCGGCCUGGGGGUGUACAGCAUGAAGGUGACCGAGUGGACGCUGCAGGGAGUCCCCACCGUGCCCCCGGGGAACGUUCAGGCCGAGGCCACCAACUCCACCACCAUCCGCUUCACCUGGAACCCCCCCAGCCCCCAGUUCAUCAACGGCAUCAACCAGGGGUACAAGCUCAUCGCCUGGGAGCCGGAGCGCGAGGAAGAGGCGACGGUGGUGACGGUGCGGCCCAACUUCCAGGACAGCGUCCACGUGGGCUACGUGGCGGGGCUGCGGAAAUUCGCCGAGUACUUCACCUCGGUGCUCUGCUUCACCACGCCGGGGGACGGCCCGCGCAGCCCCCCCCAGCUGGUGCGCACCCACGAGGACGGUACGGGGAGGCUCUGCGUGCCCGCGGGACGGACCCUGCCCACGCCG